AUUGGCCAAUGAGCUUGCCCGAACACGAUGGCGGACGAAUUCCUUUAUCCUUGCAUAACAACAAUGUAAACACUAUUUACACACAUGGUAAAUUACACUUUUUAUUAAAAACAAUUAAUUUAUUUAGCUCAUAUAUACAAGAAGUCUCCCGCUGUUAUUUACCACCUCUUCUAGUGAGAUUGUAAUUAAAGAUUACGUUAGUCUUCAACACUAACUUCAAAGUAGGCGUAGUCGUAGAUUGAAAAUUAAAAAUAUUUUUUUUUUUAAAUAAUAUAAUUUAGACGUCGUGUUCAGCUACAAAAAACCAUACUCAUUGAUUUAAUGAGUAUUAAUUAAUGUAUUAAGAAUGGACUCAUUUAUUAUUUUUAAUUAUACUAUGUAAAAGUCUCAAAGGCCAUUAUUAAUUAUUGAUAUAUUAAUUAAUAUUAAUAUUAAUUGGGAUUGCUUGGACCUGCAUGAUUUUGGAUUGGCAGGCCUAAUAAUAUUAUAAUAAUAAUAAGUCAUUGAUUUUUGAUUGAAAGUGUAGCCUAGGUCUAGUCUAGUAAUGCUAAUGUUAAUAAUAUCAGGCCUAUAAAAUAUAGGCUAUACAUAGACAUAGGAUAUAACAUAACUAUUUUUUAAUAGGUGGAAGCAAGCAUAGAUUUAAAUUUAAUUUUUUUAUUAUAAUUAAUAAUUAGGCUUACCUAUAAUUAUAUCGUUUUCUAUAAUUAAAAACUACACUUAAAAUUUACUUAGAUUCAUUCAGUAGAGUCAGGGAUUUAAAGAUUACAUACUAUUAAAACUCUCCUAUCAAUUUUUAUUGAGAGCUGAUCAUAUUCCCAGUAAGAACAAAAAAUGGCAAAAAAAUUUUUUUUCGUCUGGUGAAAAGUGUUGGAGGGGGGGGGGGUUUUGAUGAAGAUACUGAAUGGGGUAGCAUUCAAAGGGAGCAUGUAAAUCAACUUUGCAAAAUUAUUCCUAAUACAAUUUUUAUGGUAAACACUAAUUUUGUGAGUUUUCUUGAACAAAAAAAAGUAUUUAAGACUAUGUGGUGUAUAGCUUACAGUUUGGUUAAAGUGACUUAGCAAGAGAAAAGGGCAUCACCUCGUUUAGUAAAGUGUAUGAGCAUCAUUGAAAGACAAAUGUUUUCCAUAAUUGAUGGCAAAAUUAAUUUAGUAUUAGAAAAGUGUGACUCAAAUGCUAAAGAGAAAAAAAAUUCCGAAUUUAAUAUUGCCACAAACUUUUUUGCAUCUUUUGACAUGCACAUAAUUGCAUUGAAGUACCUACCCUUUAACUUAGGCCUAGAUAGUAUGGAAAUAUAGGCUACUAUUACUAUUAGUUUUGCAUAGGGGCCCUGCAACCCCUGCUACUGCAGAGGCCUUUGAUAUUUAAGGGGCCCAAGUUUUGAUGUGGAAAAUUUUAAACUUUGAUGUGAGGGGCCCAAGACUUAAAAGUGGCAGGUAGUGCUAAUCUUAAGCAAGAGAAAAGUGUUUAGAGAGCAUCUUUGAGCACUACACUCAAAACUAUCUCUUUUUAAACUACAUUAUCUAUUAAUAUUAGGUUUUAUUAAAGUACACAUACUUCUAAGUCUAAAGGUAUCAGGAAUAUCCUGAUGAUCAAAUCUUGCAAAAAAUAAACUGACACUACGAGUCAUAGUUUAGUGACACUUAAUUUUAAUGAUAUGUGGGCAUAAAAUUUCAUGUUCCUUAUUUUUACCUAACCAAUGAAAUUAUUUUUCUAUCAUUUAAUAAAAGUUAUUAUCUGGUUAUCUAGUCUUAGGUGCUGUUGAAACCUAUUUUUAAAACUUACAAUGGAACUCUGUUCAUUUUUCCACCUUGACACUAUGGUCUGAUGCCAACACUUGAGCCUGUGCAACGGCGUGGUAGUUACUGAAUGCCCAUAAAGCAUGUGUUGGCAAAUCUAUAUUUUUUACCAGUGACCAGAUUAGGAUAAUAAAAUAAGUAUUAUUUCCGUUAAUCUUGCAUUUGUAAAUCCACACAUUUCUGAUGUCACAUUUUUAACUGUAAAUGAAUUUUUUUUGUUUUGUUUGCUAAGCCACGUUUCAAUGACCGAAAUCAUCAAAUGGCAUCAGUAGACACUCGUGGCGCCGAUUCAGAUGGUAAUGGAUCACUGACACCAUCAGAGCAGAGUGAGAAUGAGGAACGUAGUGAGCAUGAUUCUGAUUAUGAAAGUGAUGAUGGAGAUGACCAUCUGGAACCAAAGUAUGUAGUUUAUUUCUACUGAUAUAUUUCUUUAUUAUGUACCACUAUUCACAAUGUAUAGUUUGCUCUUUUUUUUUUAAAAUUCUAUUGAUGGUGGGGGAUGUGAUAAAUUCAAAUAAAAUACAAGAUUAUAGAUUGCAGGGCUUUUAGUGUGUUUGAAAUUCAAAUCUCUAUGUUAAGCACUUAUUCUCCUCAGCUUUUGAGCUAGUCUAAUAAGUUUUUAAAUUGUUAAAAAAAAGCAUCCUGGGGUGGCUUUAAAAAACCAAUAAAAGUUGUCAAUAUUUUGUUUUCUUUUGCUAAGUUUGAAAAUAACUUUAAAUGUCAUUAGCACCUCUUAUUUAUUCUGUAUCAAAUGUAAUAAUUUCAGGGGAAAGGCUCUUAAUGUCCAGUGGACUGGCUAUGGUAAAAGAGUUCCUAUUAUCUUGUUUAAUGCUGAGACUAUUCUUAAUAAAAGAACUGAUUUCAAAACUGUUGGCGGUGAGUUCAUUUCAAUUUUUUUCCAAAAUAAACUUUAAAUGCCGUCCUCCAAAAUCUUUUUUUUUUUGAAGUUCUGUAAAAUGUUAAAAAUAAUGAUUGGUGUUUUGUGUGUGCUAAGUUCAUAGAGGAGACGGUAUUAAGUGCUAAAAGCCGGUCACCAUUUUUCACAGACAAUAUUGAAAAAUUGUUAGCUUUCUCCUCAGAGCGCUACCACCUUGCUUUCAAGUUUGCCUCAACUGACUGCAAGAUUGUUCGAAACAUUUUACUAUCGCAUGGAUUUCAUGAGGUGUGUAUUUUUAUUAUUUAUUUUAUUUUAUGAGUAUUAAUCUACACAUUAAACGAAAGUGCUCUGUAACAGAAAUAAAUUUGAGAUCAAAAUGUAUUACUAUGUCAUCACCAUCAUAGAGUUUUUUAAAUCACAUGUUACAGGUCCACCCAAACAGUAUAGACUACAACUUAGUAUGGAGCAAUUCGCACCUCAAGCCAUUUACUUUAAGAACUAUGUCAGAGUUUCAGAAAAUCAACCAUUUUCCCAGGUGGGAUGAUCAAUUUAAUAUUUUUUCAUUGAAAUACUCUAUUUUUUUUUAAAUACAAGUUUACGUAAAUAUAUACAUGGACUGUGCCAGGUUUCUUUAGCUGUACCAGUGUUAUUUCUCGUGUCAUGUUCAUAAAUACCAACAGUGAAUUAAAGCCAAACUUUCCAGUCUGCUCCAACCCCAAAUUUUCGGUCAAGCCCAGCUUUAGAGAAAUUCUUUCUUAACAGUUGUAUGAUUUGAUUGGAAUUCAGAGUUUCUUUACAGUGUAUUCAUUGCCUAGAAACCCGAAGAAUAGUCUUAUCCUUGUUACCAGCAUCCCAAGUUUCUCAAAGAAAUCCUGCGAGGCCAAGACAUAAUAUGGAAUAAAAAUAGCAGUAGAUAAUACUUGGUCACCUCACAUGUCUUGAGUCAUUAAUGAAACCUAGAUUCGGGCAAUCUUUUUGGGGAGACUCCAUGGGAUUGGUUUUCACAUCAAUAGAAGUUUACAUGCAAACUUUGCAUGACAAAUACGGGUUAAGAAAAAAUCAGUAGUGUGUUGAAUAUUUUAAGAAUAAAUAAUUAUUAAUGUUCACUCAGAUCCUAUGAACUCACAAGAAAAGAUCGACUCUUCAAAAAUAUCCAAAGGAUGCAGCAAAUUAAGGUGAAGGUUCAUAGCCCACUUUAUGCCUUAUCUAUGUUCAUUAUAUUUCUCUAUUUAUGUUGGAAUAAUGGUGUUGUUUUCAUUGUGGAAUUAUGGACUUCUUUAUUAUUAUUAUUUUUUAACCAAGCCUGUCAAAUAUGAAUUAAAUAUGUAUGACAAAUCUUUAGGUUACUAAUUUAAAGCAAAAUAUGUGUGAAAAUAAAAAAAUUAAAAUUAUGGAAAAUGUGAUCAUAUUUAGUAUAAAAAAAAUUUAAUUCAUUUUAAAUUUGAACUAAAAUAGGAAAUGACUAACCUGUGAUUUCAACUAUUUUUCUAGGGUUACAAGCACUUUGACUUCAUUCCCCCAAGCUAUGUUUUACCAGGAGAUUAUCAAGACUUUUGUUGUAAGUAGGAAUGGAUAGGUUAAAUCUCCUCAAUGUUGAUAUGUUUAGCAUAUUACACAUAUUUUAUGUCAUUUUUAGAUCAAAAGACCCUAUGUUCUUUUAUUUAAAACCUUUUUUUAUUUAUGAAAAUCUGCGCAUUCAUUCUAUUUUUCAUCAACUAUUUAUUAAAAAUGUUCUUCCUUUAUUUCAGCAAGUUUUUUGAAGGACAAAGGACCCUAUAUUGUGAAGCCAGUUGCGUCCUCUCGUGGGAGGGGGGUGUUUCUUAUUAAUCAUGUAAGAACAAGCUGUUAUUAUAUUGUCUCAGAAUUUUUUUUAAACAUUUUUUUUUUGUAUCUGAGUUUCUUAAAUUUUAAACAAAUAUUCUCAAGACAUCUUGUAAUUUUUUUUUUCAGCCUGAUCAAGUUCCAUUAGAUGAAAAUGUUAUUGUCAGCAAAUAUAUAUCAUCUCCGCUAGUUAUUGAUGGUAAGUCAUUGUUUGGUUAGUAUGUUAGUAUUCAACAAUAUCAAUUGAUUUGAUCAAACUUUACACUGCAUUAAUAAUUUUAGUAGCAUUGCAGUCUUUAAUCUGAAUCGAGUCAUGAACAAAGUGGUUGUGUUUAAUACUUGCAAUUUAACGUAUAUUGUUUUUACAUACAUGUAAGUUUAAUCUCUUUUCAAAUGUUGUAUUUAAUUUUCUUUUAGUACAAUUUUUAGAAUUUCCUCCCCAGGAUUUAAAUUUGACGUAAGACUCUAUGUGACUGUGACAUCGUAUGACCCACUUGUGAUUUACCUGUAUGAGGAAGGCCUGACCAGAUUUGCCACAGUGAAAUAUGAGAAAAAUGUCAAACACCUGCGAAAUCAAUGCAUGCACUUAACAAACUACAGUGUUAACAAGAGGAGCCAAGAUUAUGUUAAGUACGCAUAAUGUGAAUUGGCUGGCCUCUAGUAGAUAUUUUAUGUUAAGUAACCACAAUCAAAACUGUCUGGCCUCUCGGUACUAUUAUUUAGGCAGACCUGUUUACUCUUACGAUUUUGGCGUACAAUGUACGAUUUUGAGGUGCAUACAUUAUAUAUACUGUAUGUUUAUUUUUUACUAUUAAGAUAAUGUAUUGAACGAUUUUGUGAUGAUAUUGUACGAUUUUAAGAGUUUGAGGGUAAACAGGUCUAUUUAGGAUUUGUAAUUGUCUGGACAGUAGAUCAUAAAUAUAAUCAACUUGAAACAUGAAAGAUAAUGUGACGCUAAAUGAAAAUUAACAUGAACAAACAAUUUUGCUUUUUGUAGCUAAAUAUUUUUUAACUUGAACUGAGUGCUAAGCAAUAAAGUUUAAAAAACACUGGGCACUUGAAAAAAUUUAUUAUUUUUAGGAAUGAUGACCCAGAUGUUGAAGAUUAUGGCAAUAAGUGGUCUAUGGGUGCUAUGCUACGAUAUUUGCGGUCUGAGGGCAAAGAUACAGCAGGUAAUAUUAUGACCUCUCUUCUCGGUAUACUUCUAUUGUAACCAUUAAAUGUCUUAAACUUAAAAUGUUCAUGGAUAAACAGCUAACAGCUUUCUACACUUUGAGAAAUUCAGGUAUGAUUUAAAUAAUGUUGUUUCAGAAUAUUACAGCUCUUACUUUUUUAAUUAGUUACAUCUUUGUUAUUUUACUUUUUCCUAAACAAAUCUUUUUCUUGAUACAGCUCUUAUGAUGCGAAUUGAGGAUGUCGUUAUCAAAACCAUACUCUCCGUGGAAUCAUCUGUUGCCACCGCCUGCAAGAUGUUCCAGUCUUUUCGGGGAAAUUGUUUCGGUAUUAUUCAGUAAAUUUAGUCAAGUUGCUUUUAUCAAUCAUGUGGUUGAUGCGGUCAAACACUUUUAUCAUUGAUGUGGUUGAUGCGGUCAAACACUUUAUCAUUGAUGUGGUGGAUGCGGUCAAACACUUUAUCAUUGAUGUGGUUGAUGCGGUCAAACACUUUUAUCAUUGAUGUGGUUGAUGCGGUCAAACACUUUAUCAUUGAUGUGGUUGAUGCGGUCAAACACUUUAUCAUUGAUGUGGUUGAUGCGGUCAAACACUUUUAUCAUUGAUGUGGUUGAUGCGGUCAAACACUUUUAUCAUUGAUGUGGUUGAUGCGGUCAAACACUUUUAUCAUUGAUGUGGUUGAUGCGGUCAAACACUUUUAUCAUUGACGCUGUCACAAUUUAGAUAAAGAAUUUUAUUUGAUGGAUUUUUUUAAAAAAAAGGAAGGCUCUUAAGACUGUUGCAUGAUGCCCUAUGAUAUAAAUUCCUCCCUCCAGAGUUGUAUGGUUUUGAUAUCCUUCUUGAUGAGAACCUGAAGCCAUGGGUACUGGAGGUCAACCUUUCUCCAUCACUUGCUUGGUUAGUUUCUUAGGCACUUUUACUUCCAUACAUCUAUAAAAGUCUAUCUAUUUGAUACAUCUAAAACAGUCUGUCUCUGUAUGUCUGUUUGAUAAAUAUAUAAUUUUCUGCCUCUUUAUGUCUGUUUGAAAGACUAAUAAUUGUCUGCCUCUUAAUGUCUGUUUGAAUUACUAAUAAUUGUCUUCCUCCAUAUGUCUGUUUAACUUUUAACCCCUGAGAAUCCAAGUUUUUAAAUACAUUUUUUUCUUUUUCUAAUAUUUGGUUUAAGUAUAAAAAAUAAAAGAUUGUACAAAACAAUUUGGUGUCUAUAAUUUUUAAUGUGUUUUUAAUUUCACACUAAAUUUUAGCAGAUAAUUACAUCACAAUUUUAAUUUUUUUCAUUUAAUACUUUGUUUUCUUUUUUAUUUCAGUGACAGCCCUCUCGACCUGAAAAUUAAAACAAAUAUGCUGUGUGACCUAUUUAGCCUUGCAGGUUAUUCAGUAUUAUUUUUUAUUUUAAAAUAAAAAUCUUUUUUUUUAAUAUUAUGCUAGUAAAUGGAAAACCACUUCAUCGGCCUGGCUAGUAAAUCAGUUGUCAGCCUCAUCUUCAGGGCUCUGCCAUAAAUCAUCUUCUUUAAGUUGGUCUGCAGUUGACACUAGUUUCUGUCAGUGAGGGGCCAAUCUUUUCAGUGUUGUGAGCGGUGGUGACAGGUGUUGGGUCUCUAUUAUUGCCAAGUCUUUAAAAGAAGCUACUAGUUGGCAGGUGUUCUGUACUCAUCUGUGCCACUGGGCUGCUGUCAAGUACCAAGUUUCUAUUUUAGGUCAUUUUUGCUUGACCAUCACCUUUUGCCAUAUUGGUUUCUUCAAGAACGCUCUUUGCCAUAUUCACAGGUAUCAUUUGCCAUGAUCCUAUGAUGCGCACUCGUCAACAACAAAAUAAACAGUCAACUGAAAUAGCAGCCAAACUAAAAAGCAGAUUAAAGGUAAAAUAGUUUUUGGCUGCAUAUUUAAGUUCAACUGUUUCAAGUUCUCUAACUUUCUUAGCUAACUGUAUACAUAUUAUUCCUGUUAUUCAUUUUUUAUACGUGUUUGCCAAGCUUGCAAGAUGAGUUUUCUCUCAGAGAAAUGUAAACAUGAGUAAAGGAAAAUGCACUGACACAUUUAUUAAUUCACAUAAAACAGCUUUCAUUAUUGUGAUAAAUCAUAUUUUGAAUUGAACUUUGAAGAGAUAAUAGUUAUUUCAUUUCAAUAAUAACAAUUUUUUUAUACAACUCUGUGAAAUAUUUUAAAUGUCUAUUUAAUUGUCCAAAUAAAAUCCAAAUUUUUAAUGAAGCAUAACAUUAGAGGUUGCCAAAGAAGGUCUAGACCUAAUAUUGAUAAUUAUUCAAUUCUUUUUAACAGAAAAUGUAAAGUAUAUGCAUUUUAAUGGUGUCGCAUUACUUUUCAUAUAUUUAGAAACUUAAUUUCAUAUAAUUGAUUUAAUUAUAUUUUACAAUUUUUACAAAAGACAGAACUCAAAUAACUGCAAUAUCAGGCAUCUUGGAAACUUUUUUUAAUAUUUCUUUACUCGCUUAUGUCAAAGCAUUUUUAAUGUUCAUAUUUUCCUUUAAAGCCUCAUUUGAAUUGCAAACUGUAUUUUUUUUAGCUGUUUAAGUUUUUUUGUUUCUUUAAAAAUUUCUGUUAGCCAGGAUUUUUUUUCUUUAUCUGUAAUUGUAGUGGAAAUUAAUGAUAUUAUUAUACUUCUGCAUUGCUUGAAAAAAUAAAUCCCUAAUUUACAGUCAGCCCCUGCUAGACCCUCAUCAACAAAGGUGGUAAGUGGAAUACUGAGGAUUUCCCCUGAGUAUAUUGACUUGUCCUCAGCUUAAUGGGCACCUCUUAGGGUGAUCAACUAAUAACAAAACAUAGAUGUGUUGUUGUAUUUUUACCCCAUGAAAUACCCCAUAUCAAUUAAGCUGACAUAAUAAUAACUAUUUCAUUUACCAAGCCACAUCAAAAGUUACUCAUUUUAUCAAAAAAGAAAUAAAACUUAUUGCAUUAAAAUUUUUAGCAUUUAAAAAAAAAUCCAAAAAAAUCAGUAAUGAUCUAUUAAAUUGUAUUCAAUUCACUCUAAAGUUGUAUUUGACAUAAAUAAAAAAAAAACAUGAGUUUUAACACAUAUAUUAUAUAUAUAUAUAUAUAUAUAUAUAUAUAUAUAUAUAUAUAUAUAUAUAUAUAUAUAUUUUUUUAAAAUUAUAUUUUUUUUAAAUAUAUUUUUUUUAUAUAUAUUUUUAUUUUUUUUUUUUUAAAAAAAAAAAAAAAACAUGAGUUUUAACACAUAUAUUAUAUAUAUAUAUAUAUAUAUAUAUAUAUAUAUAUAUAUAUAUAUAUAUAUAACUUAAUGAAAUGAUAAUUAGUUGAAACAUAUUUUUUAUGGACAUAGUAAUUUCUAUUCUUUUUGAGUAAACAGAUAUUUAACUUUUUUAUAUUUGAUUGAAAUCUCUGAAAAUCUAUUAAUGAAACUCUUAUUUCUUGUUGUUUUUGUAUUGUAACCUCUAACAAUAAAUAGAAUUAAGCAUUAUCCAAACCAACUUUUAGCAACCAGGACCUUAUAAAAACUAAAAACAUUAGUAUUUAAAUUAAAAAGAGCUAUAAGUUUUUACCUCAUGAGUUUCCAGUGAAGUGAUCUAUAGCAAGAUUUUAGUGGACAAUUGCAUAUUCAUUUUAUUUUAUGUUAUACUCAGGAUUUUAAGAGCUACUUAUUAACUUAUUAUGUACAGUUGGGGGGGUGGGGGGGGCUGAAUUCUCAUUCCUUCAAAUUGAUAUUAUUUGAGAAGAACUUGUAGCACAUGAAGAAAUAUUUCACUUUCUUUAGCAUAUCAUUGUGUCAAGAGAUUUUUAACAAAUUUAGAUGCUUUGAACUUUUUUUUGAGCUCACUUUCAGCUUUUAUUUCAAAAUCACAUAUUGCUUUCUUUCUUAUUAUUUAAUAUAAAUAAUUUUCUCUUUGAAAUCUUUAAUCAUGAGCUUUAUCUAAACAGUUGUUUGAUUAAAAAAUAAAUCUAGAGUCAUAAUGUUUUGUUUUUUUUACUAACCACAUGAUUAGGGUGAUAUUGAUGAAGCUUUAGCCGAGAUGCUUAAUCAGAUAGAAGCGGCCAGACAAAAUAUGAAAGAGGCUGAUGCCUGGCUUCUGAGAAGGGUAGAUUAUUUCAGUUAUGGUUUCUGUAUUUUUCCAUUGGUUUAUUUACUGUGCACAUUGAGUUAUCUCUCACAAUAUGUACAUUUUGUGGGAGUUAUCUCUCAUAAUAUUUACAGUUUAUGGAGCUUGAGGUAUAUUUUGUCAACACCUACACCAAACUUGUGUUCAUAUUCAUUAUUCAAUACGCUUACAAUUGCAGGCAGCUCUAGCUUAUUGCAGAGAUUUUGUAAAGACUAAAAAUAAGUUUUUUUUUAUUUUCCGAGCAAUCAAGAUAUUAAUCUGUUCCUGGUAUUAUUGUUGUAAUGAAAAAUCAAAAUUAAACUGUUCAUAAUUUAUUUUAAAUGCAGCACUGCUUAAUCAAUAUUUUAAGUUUGAGAGACAUUUCUUGCCAAGAAAUAAUUUGAGAUCCAGAUAACUUAAACCAGGACUGUGCAGUAAGCUAGGGUUACAUUUUCCUUAGACAUUUUGUGUCUGGCUGUAAGUCUUCAGUUCUCAAAGUUAAAAUUGUUUUGUGGUUUGUUUUUUUGUUUCAACUUUUUUAGGUUCAUCGCGUCUGCUUGCCUGUCAGAAGGUCACCAAGAUUUAGGAUGGUACACCUUUUAAAAUCUCAUAAUUAAUGAUCGGCAUGAGAAAAUAACAUUUAAAAAUAAUAAUUUCACCCUUGGUAAAAUGAAAAUUGUUACUUCUCUUUAAAAAAACAAAAUGUAAAUGUCCUACUGCAUGAAGAUCAAUUUUCAAUUCUAAAUUUCAAAGUAUGCACCUUUAUAAUAUAAUUUAUAAUAUAUUUAUAAUUUAUUUUUCAAAUAAUCUCUAUUUUUUUGCUUUUAAUGUUUCAUUCAGUAUAAUAUGUCUAAAUAUUACUUAUACAUAUUUUUUGUGUCAUUUCUGUAGAGUAUAAUUUAGUAUAACAUCAAACGUAAAUAACACCCCUAACUUGGUCUCACAGCUUAAUGUAAACAUUCACUAACAAGGUAAUAAAAAUAGAUACAUAUAUAGGUACUCUCUUUUUUGGCAUCUAAAAUAGCAAUGACUAUAAUCACUACUGAUAUGAAAAGUCUAAUAAUGGUAACUUGAGGAGUUUGUUGUUUUUUUUAUAACUUAAAGAAAAAUUUCAAUACUUAAUUAGCCUGCAUUUAAUAAAUAGAAUUUAUUUGAAUUGUACAUUUUCCCCUUUCAGUCACAGCGUCCUGUAUCAGCCACCAGUUCCACCUCCAAGGAUCGCAUGAAUCAAGUUGGAAUGGCUGGACUGAGCAGUGAUGAGAUCAAGAUUGUUAGGCGAGUAAGAGAAGAGGAGGCAAGGAAGGGGGGAUGGAUCCGAAUUUUCCCCACCACGGACAGCUGGGAGACUUACGGGUGAGUUGCUGGGAGACUUACGGGUCAGUUGCUGGGAGAUUUACGGGUCAGUUGCUGGGAGACUUACGGGUCAGUUGCUGGGAGACUUACGGGUCAGUUGCUGGCCAACUUCUUUACUUCCUCUUUCUCAUGAGCAUCUGCUUUCCUUGGCUAAUGAGUUUAUUCCAUCUAGCUUUUUACUCACACAGUCUGAGAUGGAUUCAAACCCACUACAACAGGUUAAGAUAGUUUUACCAUUGUGCCAUAGAACUGACAUUGAUACAGGGUUGGAUAGUGUUACCAUUGUGCCAUAGAACUGACAUUGAACAGGGUUGGAUAGUGUUACCAUUGUGCCAUAGAACUGACAUUGAUACAGGGUUGGAUAGUGUUACCAUUGUGCCAUAGAACUGUCAUUGAUACAGGGUUGGAUAGUGUUACCAUUGUGAUACAGACCUGACAUUGAUACAGGGUUGGAUAGUGUUACCAUUGUGCCAUAGAACUGUCAUUGAUACAGGGUUGGAUAGUGUUACCAUUGUGCCAUAGAACUGUCAUUGAUACAGGGUUGGAUAGUGUUACCAUUGUGAUACAGAACUGAUAUUGAUACAGGGUUGGAUAGUGUUACCAUUGUGAUACAGACCUGACAUUGAUACAGGGUUGGAUAGUGUUACCAUUGUGCCAUAGAACUGACAUUGACUACAGAACUCACAUUGAUGCUCUAUUUCUUGAUGUCUUUGGAAGGCACUUAAUUCAUUCUGUAAUUUUUAUUUAUUUGAAGUUGAGUAAACACUUUAAAAAUUGUACAGUAUUUUAAACUGCACACCUAGCAGCUCUUGAAAUAGAUAUGCUGACCAUUUCCCAUCUACAGUAUUUAAGAUUUUAUUCAAUAGACUUUAUAAAAGUUCAUUCUUUAUGAAAGAUACAAAAAAAAACUUUUCUUAGCAUAUAUACAAAUUACUUUGAUAAGAUUAGAUUCUUUUAUUAAUCCAGAUAAAUGGAAAUAAAUUUGUAUUACAAUGUACAUAUUCAUUUUCAGAACAUAUUUUAACCAAGACAACAUUUUACAAUUCUAACAAUUUAAACACAAGACAUCUAAGGUAUUUCUCUUAGCAUAGAAAUCAGCCAUCAAUGAGCUCCCUUAGUGACAAUGACUUAAAUAAUGAUCAUUAAGAUUUAGUAACCGCUGGGGGAUCACGCUGGUAAAUUCAUUUCAACUCGGGAACAAAAUAAUUAAUAUAUCUUUCUGUUCUAACUUAAAGAGAAAAAAAUCGCCCUAACGUAGCUGUCCUUAGGUAUAUGUGAUGAAGAGGGUGUGACAUAUUAUUUUUAGUUUAAAACAGCAUUUUUCUUCCAAUAGUUCAUGCAAAGGAUGUUUAGUUUGUGUGAUAUUACUAGCUUUCUGGAUUAGUCUAUUUAAUCGGUCUUUGGUGUCAGACAAUGAAUUCCCACUCUCUAAUGUUGGAGAGAACAAACCAUUAAAAACAACUUACUUUAUGAUGAGUCUGUCAGGAAUAUUCCAUGAAUUGUUGAAUCUAUAAGAAAAAAAAUAAAAAAUGUUCUUUUUCCCUCCAGCCCCCCGUUUUCCUGUCCCCCAUUUUCACUCAAAAUGACAUUUUCUAUAUCCUCAUUAUACUUUUAUCCCCCACAGAUCUUCUAUAUCCUCAUUAUCCUUUUAUCCCCACAGAUCUUUUUUGCAGUUUCCUACUUCUCACAAUUUAAUGCUGCACCAAAGACUCUAUGGAGACAGGUCAGAUGUCCACUAUUUUUUUUAACUACAUUGUCAAUUAAUUUGUGACUAUGUAUGUUUUGUUUUCUCAAGAUUGUUCCUACUGGGAUCAAAAGAAAUGUCUUCAUGCAUCUGAAUUAGAAGAGAAAAAUGUUAUACUUGAUCAUCUUAACUUUGAAAUAAUACACAAAGCUUCAAACUUGAAAUUCUCUCAAGACGUUUGUUGAUUUGUAGGCCAGGACAGCAUUUGUUUGUUGAUGUUUAGGCCAGGACAAAAUUUGUUUGUUAAUGUGUAGGCCAAGUCAGCAUUUGUUCAUUGAUGUCUAGGCCUAGGCAUCAUUUGUUUGUUGAUGUGUAGGCCAGGACAGCAUUUGUUUGUUAAUGUGUAGGCCAAGUCAGCAUUUGUUUGUUGAUGUGUAGGCCAGGACAGCAUUUGUUUGUUGAUUAGUAGGCCAAGACAAAAUUUGUUUGUUGAUUAGUAGGCCAAGACAAAAUUUGUUUGUUGAUUAGUAGGCCAAGACAAAAUUUGUUUGUUAAUGUGUAGGCCAAGUCAGCAUUUGUUUGUUGAUGUCUAGGCCUAGGCAUCAUUUGUUUGUUGAUGUGUAGGCCCAGACAACAUUUUUUUGUUGAUGUGUAGGCCAAGAUAAUGUUUGUUUGUUGGUGUGUAAGGCCCACACAGUAUUUGUUUGUAGAUGUGUAAGCCUAGCAAGAAAAUGUGCGGCCCCCUCAUUGAUCAUGACACAGUUAACGCUGGCUGGGAGAGAGUUAAUUACAAUUUUUGUUCCAUGCUUCCCUCUUCAGGCACAAAGCAGGUAGCAAAGCAGGUAGCAUUCCUAUCACACCAUCUAGAUCAAAGUAAGUUUCAUCUUUUAAAAGAAAUGUUUGUUCAUUUUUUACAGAAAUCUAAUUACACAUCUGAAACCAAUCAUAAAGAAAUACAAAACUUUCAAAUAUUCUCUUAAUUCACAUCACACACAUAUGAUAUUUAAAACAUAUAAAGUUGACAUGUCAAUAGGUUUAAUGAAAAUAGUUUAUUUUUAACUUCUAAUAAGCUUGGUAAUGUAUGUAAUGAGACAUCAGUUUCAUGGACACUACUGAAAAAAGGAUUUUAUUUUAAGCCCAUAAUAAUAUUUGAUGACAUAUAUCAGAAUUUGGCAGUUAAAUUAAUUUUGGCACCUUCCUGUAAAAAAAACUGGUUGUGUAGAGUUAAAACAAAAGUCCUGGGCAGUAUUGUAAUGAACUCUUUACAGUGGAGAAAUUGUACAUUUCUUAUCAUGCAUCUCCUAUAAUUUUGCUUAAUUACCUUAGAGUAAUAUUGUUUUGUCCUGUAUCAGCCCUUCUCCCUUUCUUCCGAGGUUUUACAGCUCAUAAAAUCCAUUAUUUUUUUCUUCUUGUAAAAAUGUUUAGAUUUUGACUUAGUCAUUAUCUUUAUUUUUUAAUGUUGUAAUAAUGUAACGGUUUAUUCGAUCAUGGCUUUUCAAAACUUUCAAGGUGCAGUCUUUUAAAAAAUAUAUUUCGUUGUGAUUUUUAUCUGUUGUUUUAUCAUUCAUUUCUUUUAGGUGCUAUGAAAACAUUUAUGAUUUACACCUGCUACUCAUUACUAUUAUGUGUGUAUCAUUAUAUAAUAUUAAUUUUUGUAUCAAUAUAUAAUAAUAGUUUGUGCAUCUUUAUAGAGUAAUAAUUCAAACUACUCAUUUGCUUUAAAAAAGAGAUGUAUUUAAACUCAUAUUCUUAUAAGAGAAAAAUGGAUAGAAAUUUAUUUGUGAUAGUCUACAUGUAAGAUACGUUAAACUGCAUUAUUACAUUUCAAAUGACUUUAUAGUUUUUAAACAAUUAGUUUACUUUUUAUGAUGGUAGGCCGCAAUGGUGUUAUGAGAAAUCAGCAUUGAGAAAGUUUUGUAUUGGUUUUUGAGAAGCAUUAUUUGGAAAGACAAGAUAUUUUUUUUAAUGUAAUGUUUUACAACAAUAAAACAUGACUUUAUCUUUGAAAUAUCUUAAAUCUGGCAUGAAUAUUUUACAAAUUACUACUGUAAAUGUCACCAAAGUAGUAUUUUGUAAAUAAUUUGGAGAAAAGAAAUUAAUGUUCACUUAAAAUCAACCUUUUAAAAAAGACAAUAUAUGCCCUACUUAGAUCUGUGAAAGGGUUGUUUUUUUCCAGCAGCCGCCAUAUUUAAUUGAACAAAUUGAAAUUCUACAAUCUACACCUGCAUUUUGUUUCCAAAAAUAUUUUAUUUCAAGAAAUAUCAUUCCAAUGUUAAACAUUCAUUCAAAUUACAUAAUACUCAUUAUAUAUCUCACUGGAACUAACACUAAGAGAUGCAGCCUUUGGAAUGGCAUUGUAUUUUAAAAAUAUGCAACUGCAUUUUACUUUUAAAAUUCUUAAUCAUAUAUUUUCCUUUCAUUGAGGAAUUUAUUUUUUAUUUAAUUUAUGAAAAUGGUCGUCAUUCUUGAAAAGUAAUAGCCACAGUAUAAGUUCUACCAGCUUUGAUACCUUUUAAACAUCAGGCCAGUUUGACAUGUGAAGGAUAGUUUCACUAAGAACUAAACACUUGUGACAACUAAGUAUUUUAAAUAUCUGAUAUUUCUUUAUGUUCUAGGAGUUUUCAGGUGCAAGGUGCGGGAAAAGCUGAGCAAGAGGUUGGAGAUUUUUUUUUUUUUUUUUUUAUAAUUCUAUUUAUGAAAAAAGUAAAAUAAUUUUAACAAUCAGAAGUUGAAAUUAAAUUGAUGCUGUAUUUAAUUUUGUUCUCUCUGAGAAAGCAGGAAGCAAUAAAGAUUUGGAAAUGUGAAAGUGAUCCCGAUAACAUUUAAUAAAUUAAAGCUGGUCAUUUCACAGACAUAAUGUACUCUCUGGCUAAAAUUGUUUGAGUAGAAAUGCUUUAAAAACGGUUAAUUUGCGUCAAAUAGAUUUAUUAUGUUGUUUUAAUUAUGAUUACAUUGUGUUUGUUGUUAUAACAUUGUGUUAGAUGAUUACAUUGUGUGAGUUCAUAACAUAGUGUAAAAAGAUAAAGUAUACAAUGUAAACAUUCCAGCCUUCAUUCAUAUUUAAUUUUUUUUAAAUUCAUUUAUGUUAAAGUUAACCAUCAACUGUUUUGAAAACAAUCAUACGCAUGCUGUGAUUUCUUAUGUCAAUAUUUUAUUGGAUCCAAUUAAAUUCAAUUUGUAUGGGAUACUAAGUUGUUGGGUCUCUCCCCAGAAGUUUUUAGAGUCGUACACACAGGCCCUCCUUAGAGCCAAGCAGUAUGAAAGUCGUUUGGGCCAACUCAAGUCUAAGAGUAAACGUUUAAAGAAAAAACCUCCAAAAUCUAGUAAGAAUUGACAAUUGCUUUAAUUGUUAUUGCAAUUUUGAUUUCACUCUCCUAGUUUCACUAAAAUUUCAUGUUUUCCAACCUAAUUUCAAGACACUUUGCUCUUUUUAACUGAUAGAAAUACUUAAGCCUGUAUCAGUUCAUAUUUUGACAAAUGUUUUGUUCAUCAUAGAGCUGUUAUAAAUGUUUGUUGCACAUCUAGGAAAUAAGAGGAAGUUGGUCCAAGGUUUGCAUGAAACAGAGGAACAUGGUGAGCACGGGUCUGAUGAAGAGGGGGUCAGUGAGCGCUUCAAGGAACACAAAGAAGUUGACCAGAAAUCAGAGGCCAAAGGUAAAUUUAAAAUCUAUUUGUGGGUGGAAAUCUAUAGCGUACGCCAAAUGUUGGCGGAUAUUGAACUUCAACAUGUGUUGUGGCUGGGCUAUUUAAGAUUUCAUAGAGUUUAACUUUUGCAACGAAUCGAUGGCGGUAAGUCAAUGACAAUGAUUUGACAGUUCUUUCAGAAAGAGGAUUACAGCCUUUAUUGCUCUUUCCAAUACAGCGUCAGGUGAAAAGAAUGAUAUCAAAGAACCUGUCAGCAAAUAUUCCAAUGGUGAAAAGGAAGAGGAAAAGGUAGGGGAGGAGAUCCAAGCAGAGUGUGCCAAAGACAAAGCAGCAGGUGAACCCGUCCAUGACUCUCCCCCUGUCAGCUCAAGUCCUGUGCCCAAGUAUGAUGUGGUUGGUCUUUUAGAGAAUGGACAUCCUCUGAGGUAUGUGUAUGAUGUGGUUGGUCUUUUAGAGAAUGGACAUCCUCUGAGGUAUGUGUAUGAUGUGGUUGGUCUUUUAGAGAAUGGACAUCCUCUGAGGUACGUGUAUGAUGUGGUUGGUCUUUUAGAGAAUGGACAUCCUCUGAGGUAUGUGUAUGAUGUGGUUGGUCUUUUAGAGAAUGGACAUCCUCUGAGGUAUGUGUAUGAUGUGGUUGGUCUUUUAGAGAAUGGACAUCCUCUGAGGUAAGUGUAUGAUGUGGUUGGUCUUUUAGAGAAUGGACAUCCUCUGAGGUACGUGUAUGAUGUGGCUGGUCUCUUAGAGAAUGGACAUCCUCUGAGGUAUGUGUAUGAUGUGAUUGGUCUUUUAGAGAAUGGACAGCCUCUGAGGUACGUGUAUGAUGUGGUUGGUCUUUUAGACCAGUGGUCCCCAAACAUUUAAGUCUGGCGGACCGGUGAACAAGUUUUGAAAUUUUACCAGGGACCGGUGCAUGAUUUAUUUUUAAACUUUUAUUUCUAUUUGAAGUAUUUGACAACAAAUAUUUAUGUUAUGGGGACCGACAGCGUUAGGCAUGCGGACCGGUGAAGGUCCACGGACCGCCAUUUCGGGACCACUGUUUUAGAGAAUGGACAUCCUCUGAGGUAAGUGUAUGAUGUGGUUGGUCUUUUAGAGAAUGGACAUCCUCUGAGGUAGGUGCAUGAUGAGGUUGGUCUUUUAGAGAAUGGACAUCCUCUGAGGUACGUGCCCUGUAAAACUGAGUGUUUACUCUAUUUGUAAUUAUUUUAUCUGCCUCCAUAAAUAGAACACAUUUUUCUCAGUUUGUGUUUAAAAGGAAGGAUUUAUUUUUUUUUAAAUGAUUGCAUCAAAAACUUUUGUCAAACUUCCGUUCAAGCAAGGUGCAAGCAAGAACAGCGUUUGCCAUGUACCUGAUUCGUGUCCAGCAAAGGUUGCUAUCAGACUGUGGGAUUGUCUUGAAGCAGGAGGAUAUAGAAGCCCUCAAUGAACAGAUGGUAACACUGGCAUUUAUUUGAUCGUGUGAUACACUGUUUACUGAUCUAGUGUUGAGUGUGAUACAUUGUUUACUGACCGUGAUGUUGAGUGUGAUACAUUGUUUACUGACCGUGAUGUUGAGUGUGAUACAUUGUUUACUGAUCGUGAUGUUGAGUGUGAUACACUGUUUACUGAUCGUGAUGUUGAGUGUGAUACACUGUUUACUGAUCGUGAUGUCGAGUGUGAUACAUUGUUUACUGAUCGUGAUGUUGGCAUUUACAUUGCAUGUUGUCGAGUGUGAUACAUUGUUUACUGAUCUAGUGUUGAGUGUGAUACAUUGAUUACUGAUCUAGUGUUGAGUGUGAUACAUUGAUUACUGAUCUAGUGUUGAGUGUGAUACAUUGAUUACUGAUCUAAUGUUGAGUGUGAUACAUUGUUUACUGAUCUAGUGUUGAGUGUGAUACAUUGCUUACUGAUCGUGAUGUUGAGUGUGAUACACUGUUUAUUGAUCGUGAUGUUGAGUGUGAUACAUUGUUUACUGAUCGUGAUGUCGAGUGUGAUACAUUGUUUACUGAUCGUGAUGUUGGCAUUUACAUUGCAUGUUGUCGAGUGUGAUACAUUGUUUACUGAUAACAGUUAUAACAAAAAAAAACUUUUUAUAUUAUUAUAAAGAUUGCGAACUGUUACGCACUGGCUUCUAAUAUGAGAAAUUUAUCGCCUAUUUCAAUUUUAUUGGCUCUUUGUAAGCAGUGCCUAACAAAGGACGACACCAUAGAGUCAACAAUAGUAAAGAUACGACACCCAAAGCAGUUGCCGGCUAAAAUUAAUAAGAUUUAUUAAGUCUUAAGAUAAUUACAAAAGAAAAGAAAAUAUUAUGACAAUCUUCAACUUAUAGUUCGGUAGAUCUUGUACCGGUACACAGUUAACACAGUUAGAAUUAUGUGCCAAUGACUAAUGAUGAAAUGCGUAAUAACACAUAUAAGCACACAAAUACACAAAGAAUAAUACACGCCUAGUAAAGUUAAUAAUAUCUAUCUGAAUCUCCGUCCGUGCCUGUCAAUCCCUUAUAUAGGUCGCAUAAGUCCUGCCGUCCAGAAAAGACUUAUGACGUGUUGUUUACAUUUCUUGGGUUAUCGAGCACAUUCGAGAAAAUACCAGGAAGACAGUCUAACAUAUUUAAUUGGUUAACACGGUUGUAAACAAGAUACAUCAAACGAAUAGGCCACGCCCACAACAGACGUUACUGUCUGCUAGGAUUCUAAUUUAGGUCAAGUAAAGUUCACGCACGGAAAAAGUGUGCUACAUAACAGAACGUUGAUCUAAAUAAUAAAGAGCAUUGUAGUAUAUUUGUUUUGCUUGUCAGUCCAGCAAUCAUUGGUUAUCGUUGAGUACUGUCCUGACUCUAGACAUUGGAGUCUACGGGUUCAAGUGACCUUCUUAAGUUUAACUUUAGGAAGCUUUGUAUUCAACCUUUUUAGAAAUAUAAUUUUAAAUUAGUUGGCAAUCAGUCUUUCAGCGGACUUCAAAAUUUCUUUCCAGGACCUUGUUUUACGGUUUUUAAAACGAGCAGCAGUCAACAUACCUCAAACGUUUCGUGUUGUUGUGCCCAGCAAGAAAUUACCUCUUAGUGAUAGAAGGAGAAUCCUGGCAAAACAGUUGGGGGACUUUGUGCACAUCUAUAACAAAGUAAGUGUCGUAGAAUUGUUGGUACAUCUAAUAUGCUUCGUUUUUAUGUUUGCUCUGAUUAACAUACAAGGAGGAAGGGGGAGAGACUGAUUAGAGGAGGGAGGAAGGAGAGAUUGAGUAGAGGAGAGAGAGAGAGAGACUGAUUAGAGGAGGGAGAGAUUGAGUAGAGGAGGCAGGAGAGAGAUCGACUUAAAGUUUUCUCCUUCAGCUACUUAUUUUUCAGAGCCUGUUUCUCUGUUUUCAUGAAAAGAUUUUUGUGUAGUUACUUUAAAAUGUUUAAUUCAUCAACAGGAAACUGACCAUUUGAAAGCUGUGAGGGUCAGGAAUAGAAUAGAGAACAAGAAAUCUAGGAGAGCUGACAGUUGUGAUGGCCUCGAUGAGACCAAAUUUGACCAGUUUGUCUACACAGCCAGGUUAGUGAUGCAUUUUGUCACUUUGUUUAAGAGUGUCUGGUAUCUUGGGUGAGAAGUUAGGAUACGGUGUGCCAGGGUGAAUGAUGUAAUAAUUUAGAGUUAUUAAGUGGAUUUAGUUAUAAUAUGUAAUAUAAGCCAAUGAAUUUAGUAGUUGACCGAUUCAGUAUACCAUUGGAUAUAUUCAUACUAAUUAAUUUAUAACAAGAAUCCAAUGGGUCAGCAGAUGGCUUGUUCCGCCCUGUUCCAUGGCAGACAUAGCUUUCUUUAUUUAUGCUUGAUUCAUGUCUCAUCUGUAUUUAUUACUGCACGUUUUAGUCUGUAGAAGGAAUCAAGUGAUAUUCUGUUUGAUUCAUUUCUAAUGAACUGCUUCCUCCCGUUGUUAAAGUGAAGGUGAAUUGGAAGAGGUGCUGACAACUUAUACAAAAAUCAACCGGUCAGCUGCAAUUUUCCUUGGGGGGGACUCAAAGCAAAGUGUUUCGGUCACGGAGAAUAAAAAGGAUGUUUUGUCUCGUCGCCGGGAGAACCCUGAUAUUUCUGAUGGUACCGUGCCGGUUGGUUCCUUCGGGCAUGCCACAGGCGAUGAUGCCUCAAGGGGCCGCAGCAGUGAGUACCAUAUAAAUUUACAAACUCUUUUUUAUUUUUAAAACCAGCGCUACUUUUUUACUUAAGAUUAACCAUAUUUUAAAUUGGCUAGAUGCUUUAUGUUGAUCUGUUGGUCACAAUAAAAAUCAGAUUUCACUACACAUUAUUCGGAUAAACCUGUUUUGACAGAUAAAAAUGUUUACAGAAUGUUUGCACCGUAGUGGUCAGUAAAUCAGGAGUAUAAACAAUAAAUUCCCAAACUAAAUUAAACAUGCACAUGUCUAUAUGUAGACAUCUUGCUCAUUUGAAGUUCAUUUAAAACUGGUAAACAAAAUUAUUAAAAUUAGGUAAAAUUGUGGGGGGAUUUACACCAUUUAUUCCAGAGAAAAUGCAGGUCAUUGUAUGUUUUUAUAUAAUCCCUGCUUUUGCAGUUUUCAUUUAUUAAUGAUCACACAAAAGAGUCAACCUGUUGAUGCAUAAAUUUAUUUUUAUUUUUCAAGACAAGAACAUAACUUAAAAAAAAAAAAAAAUUCUGAAUGAUCCAUGUCCACUGCAAGUGAUCAAAUCAUUUAAAAACCAAUGUUAUUGGAUCAUUGAAUUUUGAUAAUGAAACAAUUCUAGGAGAUACUUAAAUCUGGUCAUGUUAACUAUUUCAACUCAGUUUGUAACACAACAAAUGUGUUUAUCUUUCUAUUUGACAGUUGCUACACCCAACUUAAACAGCAACAAUGUUCUGUUUUAUAGUAAGUUGGGUUCUCAAGUUGUGAUUGCAUUAAUUCAACAUUUAGAAUUAGCAAGAUUAACUUGAUUUAAUUGCUUUCUUUUCCAAAUGUUUUUUCUCCUGUUGCAACAGAAAUUUAUUUUAAAACACUUUUUUUUCUUUUAUCUUAUCAUUUGAUUAGCAAAUUAUUCAUGAAAACAAUUACUGCUUUGUUUCUUGUUAAAAUUUUAAACAUUUGUGGGUAGUUUUCUCACAUUUGCUGCUAUUGAACAGAAGCUAAUUUCUGAAACAUUACAUUGCAAGUAUUGGUUUUAUUAUUAAUUACAAAUGCUAAAAUUAGGAAUUUUAGUAAAAUUAAGGGGAAAAUAGAAAUUUAUUCUUAUUGAUGGUCACAAUUAAAACCAGCACUUAGAAAUUCCUAAUAUUCAACAAUAUAAUUCACUGCAAAUGAAAUGUAUUUUUGAUGUAUUAAAAAAAUGUAUUGAUAAAUAUAUAUUUUUAAAGUUAGUUAUUAUACAUUAUAAUGAUAAAAAAUUAUUUUCAAAUAAACAUAAUUUCAUAAUUAUUUUUUGGCUUGUUAGUUUUUCAAUAAUUUGCCAGAAAUAGCAAAAUGAUUUAGAAGAAGACUAAUUUACUGCUAGUUUUUAGAUAUGCAGCCAUAAUAUAAAACAUUAAGAUGUGUUGCAGUUUUAUAAAAAUCGUAGCUAUUGCCUAACCACUUUUCAACUUCAUGUUUUUAAUACUAACUCUUUAGUCACUAGCCAAGCAGCCAUUGAUCACCAUACAGGGAAAAUUAUCCGAAAUGUCUCUCGACCUAACUCGGCCCACUCCCCAAGCUCAACGCAACAUGCCUAUAUGUCCGCUGUCUCUAUCUACACCCAACGACUUGGCAGGCCUUUUUCAGCCACACAUUUCAGUGGAAGCAAUCGGCCAGGUAGCCCGUCAUCUUGUUGGUGAACAAAUAAUAUUUUUUUUCCCUUAAAAGACAAAAUGGGCUUUUUUAAUAUAAAACUACCAUUCAUAUUUUUGUUUCCCUUUAGUUUUUUCUUCAAAUGUCAGGCAUUUAAAGUUUUCAUUUUUAUUUAACAAGAAAAUUCUUGUAAACACCUCUUCCAGUUUCAUUGGACAUGAAACACCAUAUGCAAAAUAAUUUUUAUAGACCUAGCUCUCUGCAGAUUUUUAUCUUCUUUGUAAGAUCAACAUUGAUUAGAAACUGAUUUGUUAGGUUUUUUUUCCCUUUUUAGCAAAUAAUUUAAUGGCCCUUCAUGCUACCAAAUUAUACAAUGUUCAUGUGACCAUUAUAGAAUGUUCAUGUGACCAAAUUAUACAAUGUUCAUGUGACCAAAUGAUAGAAUGUUCAUGUGACCAAAUGAUAGAAUGUUCAUGUGACCAAAUGAUAGAAUGUUCAUGUGACCAAAUGAUAGAAUGUUCAUGUGACCAUUAUAGAAUGUUCAUGUGACCAAAUGAUAGAAUGUUCAUGUGACCAUUAUAGAAUGUUCAUGUGACCAAAUGAUAGAAUGUUCAUGUGACCAAAUGAUAGAAUGUUCAUGUGACCAUUAUAGAAUGUUCAUGUGACCAAAUGAUAGAAUGUUCAUGUGACCAAAUGAUAGAAUGUUCAUGUGACCAAAUGAUAGAAUGUUCAUGUGACCAAAUGAUAGAAUGUUCAUAAUGUUCAUGUGACCAUUAUAGAAUGUUCAUGUGACCAAAUGAUAGAAUGUUCAUGUGACCAAAUGAUAGAAUGUUCAUGUGACCAAAUGAUAGAAUGUUCAUGUGACCAAAUGAUAGAAUGUUCAUGUGACCAAAUGAUAGAAUGUUCAUGUGACCAAAUGAUAGAAUGUUCAUGUGACCAAAUGAUAGAAUGUUCAUGUGACCAAAUGAUAGAAUGUUCAUGUGACCAAAUGAUAGAAUGUUCAUGUGACCAAAUGAUAGAAUGUUCAUGUGACCAAAUGAUAGAAUGUUCUUGUGACCAAAUGAUAGAAUGUUCAUGUGACCAAAUGAUAGAAUGUUCAUGUGACCAAAUGAUAGAAUGUUCAUGUGACCAAAUGAUAGAAUGUUAUUGUGACCAAAUGAUAGAAUGUUCAUGUGACCAAAUUAUACAAUGUUCAUGUGACCAAAUGAUACAAUGUUCAUGUGACCAAAUGAUAGAAUGUUCAUGUGACCAAAUGAUAGAAUGUUCUUGUGACCAAAUGAUAGAAUGUUCUUGUGACCAAAUGAUAGAAUGUUCAUGUGACCAAAUGAUAGAAUGUUCAUGUGACCAAAUGAUAGAAUGUUCUUGUGACUAAAUGAUAGAAUGUUCAUGUGACCAAAUGAUAGAAUGUUCUUGUGACCAUUAUAGAAUGUUCAUGUGACCAAAUGAUAGAAUGUUCAUGUGACCAAAUGAUAGAAUGUUCAUGUGACAAAAUGAUACAAUGUUCAUGUGACCAUUAUAGAAUGUUCAUGUGACCAAAUGAUAGAAUGUUCAUGUGACCAAAUGAUAGAAUGUUCAUGUGACCAAAUGAUAGAAUGUUCAUGUGACCAAAUGAUAGAAUGUUCAUGUGACCAAAUGAUAGAAUGUUCUUGUGACCAAAUGAUAGAAUGUUCUUGUGACCAAAUGAUAGAAUGUUCUUGUGACCAAAUGAUAGAAUGUUCUUGUGACCAAAUGAUAGAAUGUUCUUGUGACCAAAUGAUAGAAUGUUCAUGUGACCAAAUGAUAGAAUGUUCAUGUGACCAAAUGAUAGAAUGUUCUUGUGACCAAAUGAUAGAAUGUUCAUGUGACCAAAUGAUAGAAUGUUCAUGUGACCAAAUGAUAGAAUGUUCAUGUGACCAAAUGAUAGAAUGUUCAUGUGACCAAAUGAUAGAAUGUUCAUGUUAUAAACAAACAAACACUUAUAGAACAGGAGAGUCACUGACUCAAACCCAAGCAGAUGCGGAAAUCUUUUAAACAACUUUUUUUUUUUGUUAAUUUUAAUGUUGUGAUACUACUGCUUAAAAUAGUACAUGAAUAAUAGAUAAAAAGGGGGAUAGACAAGAAGGGCAUAUAAAAUAAUAUUAACAUUUAAAGAAUUGUAAUUGUUGCAUCAGUUCCAGAAAUAGAAAACGUGUCUAGUAAUUUAAUGUUCAAAUUUCAGAUAUUAAAUAAAAGCAAUAAAAACACUUCCAAAUUUAUUUUGCUUAAAUGUGGUAAAAUUUUUCAUAUCUAAUAGACAUUACUUUUAUUCAUUUGGGUAAAAUGUAAGCAGGAUAUUCUAUUAGGAGCCUUGCUUCCCUUUAUGCAAUGGUAAUAAGGGGGAGAGACUGCAAUCGGGUUAGAAAAAAAUGAAAUGAGUUAAACAAAGCAUGGGAAAACCUGAAAGAAGGAACGCAACAAAAAACAACAAAUUUGUUGGCAGGAGAAACAGAAAAAACAGAAUUGAAAUUUAAAAAACAGAACUUGGCUGAGUUUUAAAAAAUUUUAAUAUUGUUUUUUUCUGUUGUUUGUUUGCUGACGAAGGCUUCCUGCUGACACGUUUGUUGUUUUGUUUACAGUCAUCAUUAACUAGCAGAAAUAGAACUAUUUACAGUCAUCACAAUGUAGUAGAAAAAGAACUAUUUGUGCUUGUCAAACUUUUCUUCUUGUUUCUUUAUAGAGUAAUUUAAAAGUCCUUGAUAGUUGGUGUGACAUCUGCUUCAUGGCCUCAGAGUGGUGUUUCACUUCUACAUCUUUUAGUGGUAGCCAAUGAAUUUAAUGUAACAGAUGUGACUAGUUUUAGCUCAUCAUGUUGAAGUAUUUCAUCCACAGCAAAUAUGAUCAAAUUAUUUUCUUUGUAAUUGAAAGCUUGUAUAGAUUUGCUAGUCCAAUUGCUAAUAACUAAUACAUUCCCAUACAAGUUCUGCUUGACAUUUUAAAAUUAAAUUUACUUUCAUAAGUUAUGAUUUAAACCUUUAUUUGGGAAAUUUCAUGUUCCUUUUGUCUUCGAAGUAUGUAUUUUUUUCAUGCAUUCUAAUUGCCUGUGGUAGCCUAAAUUAGAAACCUUUAACUAGUGUCUAACUUAUUUCCUCAUUAGUUUAAAAUUAAAAAUAAUAUUAUAGUAAAAUGUUGCUUGUUCCACUUAGAGUUGGAUUGGCUUAAAUGUCAAGAUGUUUUUUUUUCCGAAAUGGCUUCUCAAAAUAUCUUUUAUACUAAUGUGCUUCAAUUGUACUAUUUUUUUUUUUUUUUUUUAAAUUCUAAUUUUUGCAUCUUUUAAAAAAUAUUUACAAAAACAUUAAUCUGGCAAAAUGUUGGUGUUUUUUUUUGAGAAAAGUGAUCUAAAAUAAGAUUCUUUUAUUGUUUUUAUAAAAAGGAAAUUUGUUUUACAUUCAUCAUGCAUAAUUUUAAAACGAAGGUUUCCCAACCUUUUCUACAGUCUCCACUAGAAAUUAUUUGAGUCUUGCAACCACUAAAACUUAAUUGAAUUAGUGUCGCACUACCAAAAGUAAUUUUGCAUAAAAUGAGGAAAAAGGGAUGUCUAAUUUUUCUAUUUACUAACAGGUCCUGUAGAACUUAAAAAAUAAGUACUAAAUACUUUUUGCAUAAAUUAAAUUAAGAUUUUAAUGAAGAAAUUUUGUAAACUGUGAAAACAUUUCAAUAAUAAUAACUUGACAGUCAAUGGCGCUUCAGCUCUUAUAAUUAUUUUUCCUCUGACCCACUGAAAUGCCACCUCACACCCACCGCGGGCGGAAGCACUCCAGGUUGAGAAGCCCUAAUUUUAAAGACAUUAAAUAAAAACACAGGCUGUUAGCAAAAAAAUCUCAGCAAUAAAUAAGAGUUAUCUACCUUUGGACAGUUUUUCCCCAAAGUAAGGUCAUUGAGCCUUAUGCUGUUGGUUUACACAACAUAAAUAUUUAUGGUUAAAAAAAAUAAGAAUGAAUAAAUAUGGCACUGGUCCCUGGUGCAAUUUUUUUUUAAUUUGUCCACCGAUCGGACAAACUUAAAAGCUUGCAAAACACAUCUUAGGAAACAAACAAGUGAGCCGGAAUAAAAAGAAGUUUAAAAAAUUGAAGGGUAACAUUUUAAAAAAUAAAGCACAGAAAGUUAGACUUCACCAUUGACUUUUUACUUUAUUUGAACUGUUAUAUUGAAAAUGAUGUCCUUAUAUUUAAAAUGAUGUCCUUAUAUUUAAAAUGAUGUCCUUAUAUUUAAAAUGAUGUCCUUAUAUUUAAAAUGGUGUCCUUAUAUUUAAAAUGAUGUCCUUAUAUUUAAAAUGAUGUCCUUAUAUUUAAAAUGGUGUCCUUAUAUUUAAAAUGGUGUCCUUAUAUUUAAAAUGAUGUCCUUAUAUUUAAAAUGAUGUCCUUAUAUUUAAAAUGAUGUCCUUAUAUUUAAAAUGAUGUCCUUAUAUUUAAAAUGGUGUCCUUAUAUUUAAAAUGAUGUCCUUAUAUUUAAAAUGAUGUCCUUAUAUUUAAAAUGAUGUCCAUGCUUAAAUUAUUUGUUUAUUUUCUCUAUAGGGCGCACAAUUAGGCCAUCGACAGCCAUACCCGGUCACUCUGGUUCUGUGGGUCCACAGAGUAGCAUGAUGAGCACAUCAGAUCCUGUAGUUGGUAAGCAACUCUAGCCAUUUGUCACCGAUGGUGGGAAGGGAUGAGGAGUUCAGGUCUUUAAUAAUGUCCAACUCGCAACGUUUGGAAAAUUUAGUCCCAAUUUUUCCCACACAGUUUUGAUCAUGCUGUAAAUUGUAAAUAGUGAUGUUAGUCAUUCCUCACUACAGUCUGCCAUAACUCAGACACAAGCCAUUCCUGUUAGUCAUUCCUCACUACAGUCUGCCAUAACUCAGACACAAGCCAUUCCUGUUAGUCAUUCCGCACUACAGUCUGCCAUAACUCAGACACAAGCCAUUCCUCUCUAUUAGUAGAUGGAGGAUAUGUUAAACAAAUAAAUGUUAGACAAAUAAUUUUGUAAUCAAAAUUUUUGUAACCGUUUAGCAAGAAAGAUACAACUUCCUGGUUGAAUUGUGGGCUUUAAAAUCAAGUAAAGUUGAUUCACAAUAAUUAUAAAUGGGAUCUUAGCACAACAGGUUUUCUUCAUAAGUAAAUUAUUAAUCAGUGGUUCUUUGUGUCACAGAUACAUAUAAUGAGAAGGCUAUUCACGAGGCUCUCCAAAGACUAGCCGUGCGACAACAGGCUCGUCAAUAUGCAGCCCCCAACGGAGCAGCAGUUCUCAAGCCAGAAUCAGAGGCUCUCAAAUUUCAUUACGUUGGUGGUCACAGUCCUGAUGAUCCUGUGACUGUUAAUGGGCUUUCUGGGAACCACUGGUCAGGACAUACUUUAAACAGACCCAGCUCUCAGGGAUCAGGUCAGGGAAAUAUUGCCAUAAUGCUGUUGUGAACUAGCUUGUUGCAAAUGUUUGGUAGGGGGAGUUGUUGAUCGUGAGAGUGUUUUUGUGAGUUUUAAGUCGUGAGUUCAGAUCGUGAAGCUGCUUCGUGGUGUGGAGCUUUAGUGUAUGCUGAGUGUUUUGUUGGGAUAUAAAAGGCAGUGUGAUCGAGAGUCCAGAGUAGAUCGUCGAGAUUGGUUCAAGAGUUAGAGUCGAGAGAGUGUGUAGAGUGAUCUAGAGAGAGAAAGUAAUUGUGUUAGAUUCUCUCUCAGGCUUACCUGAGGAUAAUAUUUAAUUAUUUAAAUAGAUGUAUUUAAGUAUUAGCUUCAUUGUGUAUCAGGUGGAUGUUUUAGUUCUUUAAAAAUAAAUCCAUAAUGUACAAUAAACCUUUUUGUGUUCUUGAAUCACACUAGUCCAUGUUGUGACCAAGGAAGAUUAGUCAUAAGAUAUUAGACCAGACGAAAUAUUUAGCAUUAGUGAUGGUGGUAACAGAUGACAGAGCAAUAAAGAACAAUCUUUAAGAUUGAAAAUUUUGAUUUGUCUGGUGAACAAUUGUUCAGUCGUUGCUGACAUGUCCGUUAGGGUUGUAGAUAAAUGUAACAGGUCAUUGCUGACAUGUCCACUAGGGUUGUAGAUAAAUUUAACAGGUCAUUGCUGACAUGUCCACUAGGGUUGUAGAUAAAUGUAACAGGUCAUUGCUGACACGUCCGUUAGGGUUGCCAGAUUUCCUUUAGCUCCUCAUUUCUUCCAAAUGUUAGAGGUGAGUUGUAUUGCCAGAUUUCCUUUUACAUCCUCAUUUCUACCAAAUAUAAUAGUUGAGUUAGAUGCCAGAUUUCCUUUCGUUGCUCAGUUCUACCAAAUAGAAGAGUUGAAUUAUAUUGCCAAUUUCCUUUAGCUCCUCGUUUCUACCAAAUGUAAGAGUUGAGUUAUAUUGCCAGAUUUCCUUUACGUCCUCAUUUCUACCAAAUGUAAGAGUUGAGCUAUCAGAUUUAUUUUACGUAGAACAAGGUUGUUCAAAAUAUAGGAGCAGUAACUUUGUGGCAAAUGUUCACAUCUCUCAUAGUCACUUAUUGCAAAUGUUCACAUCUCUUAUAUUCUCUUAUUGCAAAUGUUCACAUCUCUUAUAUUCUCUUAUUGCAAAUGUUCACAUAACUUAUAUUCACUUAUUGCAAAUGUUCACAUUACUUAUUUUCACUUAUUGUAAAUCUCUUAUAUUCACUUAUUGCAAAUGUUCACAUCUCUUAUUUUCUCUUUGAAGAAUAGUUUUCAUUGGGUAACAUUUUUUCAUCGUAAUUGCCAUUACCAGCUCAAGUAACGCUCUAGUUUUUUUCUGUCCUCAUGUUAUAUUCCACUGUCCCCUCAGUUUCACGUUAUAUGACUGUGGAUGAGCACAAGGCGCUAGCGGCGUCCAGACUUGGAAUGAACAGUCAAGAUGGCCGAAGACCAUUGUAUCCAACCGGACCGCUUCACCAUACGCAAUCCGGUGUUCACAUGCACAAUGCCAAUGCCACUUUUAACAGUUUUAUUGACGGCGCCAUGAGUCAGUCAGACAGCAGCAGCGUUUACAAUGAUUUCCAGGAUGCUCCACUUCCCCUUAAUUAUCCGCCUGGAUCCAGCACCUUGCGCCAAGCUCAGAUUGUGCAAAAACAUGCAAUAAAACACCGGAUGAUUGAGCAGAGCAAGGUAAGCGUUUAAUUAAAGUAAGGGAUUGGGUGUGGGAACAGAACCUUGGUUUUAUUAAGACUGUAGUUUCAGAACAGAAUGUUGCAUCUUAUAAUAAGAUUGUGGUUUUGGAACCAGAGGUUUGUUUUAUUAAUACUGGUUUGGGAACAGAAGUUAGGUUUUUAGUAAGUCUGAGGCUUGGGAACAGAAGUUUGGUUUUUACUAAGUCUGAGGCUUGGGAACAGAAGUUUGGUUUUUAGUAAGACUGAGGCUUGGGAACAGAAGUUUGUUUUUUAGUAAGACUAAGGCAUGGGAAAAGAGAACGUUGAUUUUAAUUAGACUAUUGUGCUGGUUAAGAUACGAUGGUUCAUAUUUAAUUUUGUUCAGAGAGCGCAUAAUACGCAACUAAGGACUUGACAAAAUAUUAAUAAACAGAUCAACCUGGUCAUUUUAUUUUCAUCACAAAAUUCAUGUUAUCUCUAGUGUAACUUUGAAAUAAUUAAAUGAUGUAAAAAAUGUAAUACUCAGCAACAAAGAAAUUUAAAUCUUUAUACAGUCUCUUAAAAACAAAGUUGUAAGUUAUCAUGUAAUCAGAAAUGAAGUACUAUCUGAUUGACAGGCUAUGUCAGAGCAGUCUAAAGCAAACUAUGACGCCUUUGUAACUCAGGCCCAGAUCCAGCAGUCCUCAUCUCCCCCAGGAAGACCCACCUUCUCUCAGAUCAAUGAUUUUGGCUUAGAAAACAUCUCGGCCAAUCCCAGCUUCAACUUUUCUUCCAAAGCACAUAUACCAAAGCCACCAGAUUAUUCUUUAAGUAAAAGAUCAAAUUCCAUCAGAACCACAAGGUAAUUCUUGCAAUAUCUCCUUCAAAAAACUUGAUUAAAUAAAUCUGAUUAAAGUUUAUACCAUAAUGAGACAACUUUUUGUUGAUUUUGUAACUACUUUUUUAUGUCUUUACAACAAUGUGAAUUGGAGUGGGGGUGGGGGGUGUGCUGUUUGCCAACAGUUUGUCAAUUAAUAUUAAUUGUUGUGUUUUUUUUGUUUGUUUUUUUGCCUACAGGAAACCUGAAAUAGAUGAAAGGAGCCUUAACUUUAAUUUUUACUCCAGUUUACAAGCUACAGGACACGGGUCUCAAAGUUAGCACCAAGUAAGAUUGUUUAAUCUGACGUCAUUCCAAAUUUCCAUACGUGCCUGCUUAAUAUGCCUGAUGUCAGGCAGAUUGUUGUGUAUAAUGUUAGUUCAGGUCGCCUAUCAACUAACCUUCCAUGCAUUCUUCUUCUAAACUUUAUUGAAGUGGCUAUUCGGACCCCGGGCCCGAGAAGUGAGAGGUUGGGAUUAAAAAAAUUUUUUUUAAAAUUGUUAUGUUGUAAGACAAAAUUUGGUAUUAAAUGAAAGAUAAUUGAAUGGACUAUAUGUUUGUAAACUUAAUUCUUCAGUUUAACUAAAAUAAAUUACCACAAAGGACAUCCGAAUAGCAUUGAGUCUAACGGACCAGGGUCCGAAUAGCGGCGCUUCGUGUCCGGGUCCGUUUUGACUAAAUGCUAUUCGGUUGUCAUUUGUAAUAUAACCCCAGAUAUCUCUUCUAUAACCCUUGAUAUCUCACCUAUAACCUCAGAUAUCUCUCCGAUAACCUCAGAUAUAUCAUCUAUAAACCCAGAUAUAUCAUCUAUAACCUCAGAUAUCUCAUCUAUAACCCAGAUAUCUCAUCUAUAACCCUUGAUAUCUCACCUAUAACCUCAGAUAUCUCAUCUAUAACCUCAGAUAUCUCAUCUAUAACCUCAGAUAUCUCAUCUAUAACCCCCAAAUGUGUCAUCUUUAACACCACAUAUCUCACACAAUUGAUCCAAAUUAAAACAACUGGGACAUUGACCUUUACUUUUUUUGUUAAGCUAACUUUGUGUAAAUCUUUUCAUUUCAGAAUUUGGCAAAACAGAGUUCUUUCAAUUUCUUGCACUGUACAUCAUUAGAAGACAGUAUCACAUACUCUUGUUGGAAAGCAUGCUUGAUAUCUUUUUCAAAUGUUUUUAGAAUGUGUCAUGACUACUAUACAAGACUGGAUAAGAUGCGUGCAAUGCAAAACUCUUUUUUAUUUUUUGUAUUUUUCUCCCUCCAUAAAAGAAAUUGGUAAAUAAAAAUGGCAUAUAACCAAAGAUGAUGAUGAUGAUGAUCAGCUUAGCGUAUAGAUGAAAAUAAUGUUUGUUGUCGAAACUCUAGACAUGACAUUGAUUUAAUGUAGCUGAACAUUCCACAAAUAAUCCUUCUUGGAUAUGCUGAUACCGGUACCAAAUAAUAUGUAUAGCAUAUUUUGUAAAUAAUUUGUUUUUUAAAUAUUCAUUUGCUGCAUUUAAAAUUAAAUAAUAUUAAAUAGCUCAUUGUCAACUUUUUUUAUGCGUUCUUACUAUUUAAACAAAAAUAAUUACACUCUAUGAGCAAGAUAAAUUCAGGUAUUCAUCUAAACUUUUUUUAAAAAUUUCUCUCAUUUAUAAAUAUUAUACAAAAGUUGUUCCUGAUAUUUUAAUUAAAUUAUUUUGAUAGCUUAUAUUAUUACGUCUUAUUCUGAUAACUUAUAUUAUUACGUCUUAUUCUGACAUUCCUAUAAUAAUUGGUGCCCUUGUAAAAAAAAAUAUUAUUUAUUGUUAUUGUCGUUCUAAAGCUCCACUACAUUAACCUCAGUCCGUCCAUUGCAAUAUUUAAUCAUCCAAUCAAUCAGUCAUAACUCUGUGAUAUUUAUCCUUCUUCUUUAAAGUGUUAACUUUAAGUGUGACUGAACAUUAGUCUGAUGCUAUUUAUUUUUUAAUAUCCGGUAUAAUCAUUUUCUAGUAAAGAUAUUCCGUAGCAGUUUCAAAAUUGGCUAGCUUAAAGUUUGUGGAAUCCCUCCCAACAUUCUAGAUAUUUUUAAUUUUCAAUAUUUUUGAGUUUUUGAAAUUUACUGUUAAUGCGAUGAGAGGUCCUUUGAUAAUUAUGAACUUUUUAAUGGUAUAUUUUUUAUUGAACUGAGUUAAGAAUAGUGCUGUCAAUAAAUUUAAGAAACAUAAAUUGGUGAACAUCUUUCAUCUUGAGAUGAAUGGAUCUUUCAUCUCCCUGGUAAAUAAACUAAAUGUUGAUUUUCUGCUAUUCCUCUUAUGAGGGAGGGCUGAUCUUUUUCUAGCAGUGGUUGUUUUCUAAGAAUCUUUUGUGAAGAAGGUAUAUUUUAUAAAUAAAAGUUUCCAUACAAGAUGGCAGCAAAGUUUAAGUAAUGUGCAUUUAAUAUGAAACAUUUUUAAUAGAGUAUGGCAUUGAGCAUGCAUACUUACAAAUGUUGCUACUUGUAAUGGUCAUACAAUUUAUAAAGAAAUACAGUGCUUUGAAAUAAAAUUCAACCCAACUUCCAUUGCUAGAAUUGGUUUGAGGAAUAAGUUGUCUACUUCAUUAUUUUUUUACUAUGGAGAACUAAUUUCUUCUGGUUAUUUUCAAACAAUAUGAAUAAUUAUGUUACAGCCUUCAAUGGGAACAGUAAUGUCAUUUCCUCUACAUUAUUUUUUAUUAAAAAAAUAUAUAAUUUUUAUG